ACUACGUUACUGUACAACCGUCAAAAGCGAAAUAAAUCGCUUUUUAACAAGUAGUUUGAGUGAAAGCUGUCCAUUUCCGUCUCGUUUAUUGUAUCUUAUCGAUCUGUGCCAACUUAACAUUGUUUUUUAAUAGUAAAAAGUAUGUAAAAGAGCCUCCUUGAAGCGUCAGUCAAAAUCUGAGGUCAUCUUCUGUGCAUCAUGGCACCUUUGCAGGACCAUCAGGUGGAGAAACUGCUGGAUGAGGCUUCCAAACACAAUAAUUUUCAGGACCUAGAGAAAUUCUUGCAAAAUGAAAGCAAGGAGGAAACCACUGUAAAAUGUUCCAGGCAAUUCAUGACCAAGCUGGAUAAGCUUUUCAUCAGGGAAAUGGAUCUUGGAAAUGUGGACCAUGCUUGUCUAGUGCUUACCGUUUUACACAAAUAUGGCGAGACGCUGGUGUUUCCAGGAGGUGGAGGAAUGUCUGUAAUGGUCGCCCAGGGAUUUGUUAAAAAGAUGGUGCAGUGGUUCGACAAGGCCAGAAAGCUGUGGGAGGAGGCUGGGUCAUCAAGAAACGAGACUAUGAUGAAGCUGGCUGAGGACUACUUUGAUGCACUGAUGGUUGUUUGUGAAAGUUGUAAAGAAGGUAUAUAUGAAGUUACAGAAGCUCUGCUUAGUCACAUUGGCAAACUGGCCUCUGAUGCACAAAUAAACAUCAUGAUUCAGAAAGAGGCAGCAAGGAAACUCAAUGCUAUUCUGGAAAAGAUUCCCAUAGAGCUGAAAAAGAAGAAAAAGAUCUUGUCAUCUCAAGAGGCUUCAUCUAUGAUGAGUGCAGUGGCCAAUCAAAUCCUCAGAGGUGGAGAUUAUGACUUGCAGGUGUCUUUAAUGGAGGCCCUCUGCAGAAUGGCUUCACCAGUUCAGAGGAAUCAACUAGCUGACUCCUGGUUUACGAUGACUUUUGUCUCCUCUGCAUUCAAGAAGAUCAAAGAUCCUGAGUUUGAGACUGACUGUAGGAAGUUUCUAAAUAUGGUCAAUGGCAUGCAAGGAGAUGGGAGAAGCGUAUACUCCUACCCUUGCCUGGAGGCAUUUUUGGACAAACAUGAGCUGCUCAUGCCAGAGGACAAGAAUCUUGAAGCGUUCUGGAUUGACUUUAAUCUAGGAAGUCAAAGCAUGUCUUUUUAUUUCUGUGUGGCUGAUAAGAAGGCCCAGGUAAUGACUUUAUAG